AUGGCGUCCAGUGAAACGUUCCGGCAGUCUGUCCGGCCGUCGCAACCAGUCAAAAACAAUGCCGAGAACGAGGAACUACGUGUUCAGGUGAACACGCUGCGCUACGAGUUGGAUAACCUCAAACAAGAGCGGGACUUGAUGGAACUACGACAUGAAAAAGACCUUCGCGACCUCCAACUCAAGGCAGACUCUGAUUUCCGAAAGGCACAGGGAGCCGAAGCCUCGAGCAGCCGCGCAAACCAGAAAUGCGAAGCGCUCGCAAAGGAACUGAAAGAAACCCAAGAAUCGGCAUUGAACGACAAAGCAAAUUCUGAGCGGCGCAUCCGCACGCUACAAGACCAGAAUCAAUCUCUACAAGAAGACUUGACCGAUGUGGAGGCACGGCUGUCGGAUCAAGAGCGACAGUAUAAAUAUCAAAUAAAAGAGCUUGAAACUAUUCGCGCCUCGCUGGAAAGGACGGUCGAGGAAGUACAGAGGGAUCUGCAAGCAACAAGAGACCAUGGGACCUCAAUCCAAGAGCGUCUGUCGCAGCGCGAAACAGAGGUUACAACGUUAGAGACGGAGAACUUGCGCCUCAAGGCUGAUGGCGGAGGAUCCGAAGAAAUGGUCGUUCUCAAGAGAGAGCUUUCGGAGCAAGUCGCACAUAUCAAAAAGCUGGAAUCGGCAAACCGGGAGCAAACGUCUGAGCUGGGCCAUCUACGAAAAAUACAAAGAAACGUCGAGGUGGUCGAAGAACAAAAGAAGUCGCUCGAAAAUCAGCUGCAACUCAUGAGAAACAUCGAAACCGAGCUAGGAAAUGCACAGAUUCAGAAACAAGUUUUGGAAGACGAGCGGAGGUCAUGGACAAGUCUUAUUCAAUCGAAUGAGGACCUGGAAAAUCUCGACUCCCCAGAGGCAGUGGUCAAGGCCCUUGUUGAGGAACGGAUUGGAAAGCUUACUUUGAUCGACAAGUUAGGAACUGUUGAGCCUCAAUUAAUGGAAAAGGACGAAAUUAUCCAGGGACUGGAAAGCGAGAAACGCCAGUUUAAGCAAGAGAUUGAAAAACUGCGAAAUGCUGCGUCUGCACCCGGUGGAGCCAGCGAUGCUCGUGCCAAGUUCAGACUAGAGCGCCAGCGAGCGUUGGCCGUGAAGGAAGUUGAAUACUUGCGUGCCCAGCUAAAGACGUUUGACAUGGAGGAGUUGACGAUGCACGAGGAGGACAACCGCUACGACGAACACAAAAACCAACAGAUUGCGCAACUCGAGCAACUCGUUGAUGAAUAUCGCGUGGAAUUACACAAAAUCCAUGAGCAGUUAUCAGCUCGAGAGACAUCGCAAGAGGAAGAAGCGCCCCGAGGAGUGAAACGGCCCCUAUCCCCUGCUGAUAGCGACGUCGAGUCAGAACGCGUUUCUGUAUUGUCUCGCAAAAACCGUACAUUGCAAGACGCCCUCUCAAAAUCCGAGCAGGACACCAAAGUCUUGCGUCACGAGUUGGACGCAACCAAAUCCCAUCUCACGACUCUACAGGAGCAAUCCCGUACUCGUGUUCUCCAACUGCGUGCGAACCCGACAUCUGAAGCCGAGAAUCUGAAAAUGUCCACAUUACGCGCUUUGCAAGCAGAGAACCGCGAUCUCCUCACGCAAUUGCAAAGCGACCACGCCCAAGUCCGGGUUGUCCCCGUUAGCACGCUCGACAGUCUCAAACUCGAGAUGCAAGACAUGGAACGCACCGUCGCCGAAAAGGAGAAACGCAUGCGCCGCCUCAAGGAAAUCUGGACGGCCAAAUCCUCCGAGUUCCGUGAAGCUGUCGCGUCUGUGCUGGGUUACAAACUCGAUUUCCUGCCCAAUGGUCGCGUGCGCGUUACAUCCAUGUUUCAUCUUUCACCAGCAUAUCGACACGGCGAUCGCAAUGCUGGACCUGACGCCCGCGGUCCCGGAAGUAUGGGCGACGGCGAGGAGAAUUCGAUUGUGUUUGAUGGUGAAAAUGGGACCAUGAAGAUCUCCGGUGGACCCAACAGUCUGUUUGCGCUAGAGAUCAAACAUCUGAUCAAGUUCUGGGUGGAAGAGAGGAAGGAUAUUCCUUGCUUCCUUGCUGCCAUGACUCUUGAGUACUACGACAAGACGACUCGCGCUGCGAGGGUAUGA